AUGUCACCACCACCUUCACCCUUGGAACGGCGUCUUUCUGCUCUCUUGGAAAAGCGCCACGCCCAGUCAAAGCUUCGAAGCUUGAAAUCCAGUCCGCCAGGCUCAGUGGACUUCUCUUCCAAUGAUUUCCUGUCGCUGUCGAGCAAUGAGGAGUUCCAGAAUGACUACUUGGCUCUGCUGAACAAACGCAGAACGCCAUUGGGAUCGACUGGCUCGAGGCUUCUUGAUGGCAACUCUGAAUUGGCAGAGACCCUCGAGCGCGACAUCGCGGCUUUUCAUGGGGCUGAAGCCGGGCUCCUGACGAACUCUGGGUUUGACGCCAACGUCAGCAUUUUUGCCUUUCUCCCUCAGCAGGGCGAUGUCAUCAUCUACGACGAGCUCAUCCACGCCAGUGUGCAUGAUGGGAUGAGGCAGUGUAGGGCUAAACAGCAGAUUCCAUUCAAACACAACGAUGUCCAGGACUUGGGUCGCAUACUGCAGCGAUUUUCCUCCUCCUCCUCCUCCUCCUCCCACGCCAAUCAGACGAUAUUCGUGGCUCUAGAGACGGUCUAUAGCAUGGAGGGUGACCUCGCGCCCCUGACGGAGAUCGUCGACUUGGUGGAAGCAGUACUGCCCCACAACAACGCACAUCUUGUGGUCGACGAGGCACACGCGACGGGCAUAUACGGCCCCAACGGGUCUGGACGCGUCUGCGAACUCGGGCUGGAAAAGCGAGUCUCCAUCCGGUUGCAUACGUUUGGCAAAGCUCUUGCGUCCAAUGGCGCGAUCAUCCUCAGCUCCCCCAUCAUCCGCCUCUACCUGAUCAACUAUGCUCGACCGCUAAUCUACACGACCUUCAUGUCGCACCCUAAUCUUCUAGCCAUACAGAACGCCUAUGACUGGCUCAGAAUGGGGAAAGCCAACUUCCUCGCCGCCAAUCUAUACCAUCUGAUAGACCAUCUCUACGCCCGCUUGCAGUCCCUGACGGCUCUAGCCUCGAGUAUUGCCGACCCAACUGGCAACGGCAAGCCUGUGGCGACACUGCCGACGACAUGCCCGGAAUCGCCCAUCUUCGCCAUCCUCAGUCCGCAGCCCCGCUCGCUGGCCUCGCACUGCCAGUCGGCCGGGUUCAUCGUGCGUCCGGUGGUCGCGCCGACCGUCCCCGCCGGUACUGAGCGCGUCAGAGUCUGUCUGCACGCAGGCAACACAAUGGCCCAGGUAGACAAGUUCGUCGAAUGCCUCAGGCGGUGGAUCAUCAACCAGGGCGGCACGGAGCAUCAGGCGGAGCACAGUACCGGGGAAGAGACCUCGGAGGGACGUCUCCUCGCCAAGAUCUGA